GCGCUGGGCCCGGACCUCGGCGGCGAGGUGCGCAGGCGCCCCGGGCGCUGCUAACUGAAGCGGCCAUGGACGCACUUGAGUCGUUGUUGGACGAGGUGGCCCUGGAGGGGCUCGACGGCCUGUGUCUGCCCGCGCUGUGGAGUCGCCUGGAGUCUCGCUCGCCUCCCUUCCCGCUGCCGCUGGAACCCUACACGCAAGAGUUUCUGUGGCGGGCCCUAGCCACGCACCCGGGCAUCAGUUUUUACGAGGAGCCGCGAGAGCGACCCGAUCUGCAGCUCCAAGACCGAUAUGAAGAAAUUGACUUGGAAACUGGAAUUCUGGAGUCUAGGAGGGACCCGGUCACUUUGGAGGAUGUCUACCCCAUUCACAUGAUCUUAGAGAAUAAGGAUGGCAUCCAGGGCUCCUGCCGAUACUUUAAAGAGAGGAAGGACAUUACCAAUAACAUCAGGACCAAGUGUCUGCAGCCUCGUUGUACGAUGGUGGAAGCCUUCAGCAGGUGGGGUAAGAAGCUCAUCAUCGUGGCCUCCCAGGACAUGCGCUACAGGGCCUUGAUAGGCCUGGAGGGAGAUCCUGACCUGAAGCUUCCUGAUUUCUCCUACUGCAUUUUGGAGCGGUUAGGCCGGUCUAGGUGGCAAGGGGAGCUUCAGAGAGACCUCCACACCACGGCUUUCAAGGUCGACGCUGGGAAGCUUCAUUAUCACAGGAAGAUCCUCAACAAGAAUGGACUGAUUACAAUGCAGUCACAUGUGAUCCGAUUACCUACUGGAGCCCAGCAACACUCCAUCCUCCUGCUCCUGAACCGCUUUCAUGUGGACAGGAGGAGCAAGUAUGACAUCCUCAUGGAGAAGCUGUCCAUGAUGCUGAGCACACGAAGCAACCAGAUUGAGACUCUGGGCAAGCUGAGGGAGGAACUGGGGCUGUGUGAAAGGACAUUCAAGCGUCUGUACCAGUACAUGUUGAAUGCUGGGCUGGCCAAGGUGGUGUCUCUUCCCUUGCAGGAGAUUCACCCUGAGUGUGGUCCCUGUAAGACCAAGAAAGGGACUGAUGUCAUGGUUCGGUGCCUUAAGCUACUGAAGGAGUUCAAGCGGAAGAUGGAGGAUGACCAUGAUGACGACGAUGAUGAGGAGGUCAUCUCUAAGGGUGUGCCUCCUGUGGACAUCGUGUUUGAGCGGGACAUGCUCACACAGACCUACGAGCUCAUUGAGCGCAGAGGCACGAAAGGAAUUUCCCAAGCUGAGAUCCGAGUUGCUAUGAACGUGGGAAAGCUGGAAGCGAGAAUGCUGUGUCGGCUCCUUCAAAGGUUCAAGGUUGUCAAGGGAUUCAUGGAAGAUGAAGGCCGGCAACGGACCACCAAGUACAUUUCCUGCGUGUUUGCAGAGGAGAGUGAUCUGAGCCGGCAGUAUGCACGUGAAAAGGCCCGAGGAGAGCUACUGACCACUGUAAGCCUAGCCUCGGUGCAAGAUGAGUCCCUCAUGCCUGAGGGUGAAGAGGCCUUCCUCUCUGACUCAGAAAGUGAGGAGGAGAGCAGCUGCAGUGGCAAGCGUAAAGGCAGAGGGUCCCGGGGGCGUUCAAGAGCCUCAGGGGUUGCUGGCUCUCAGCCUCAUCACUCCACUCCAGCUAAGGGUGGGUGGAAAGUCCUAAACCUGCACCCACUGAAAAAGCCAAAGGCUGCCUCCCUGGGCACUGGUGAGGAAAGAGCCCGCCGAAGCUCGCGUGCUAGGGGUGGCCUGAACACCAGCAGUUCCUCUGAGCUCAAUACAUCCUUCGACCCUAACAACAUGGAGAAUCACAGUGGCGACAUUGCUGUGAUUGAGGAGGUUCGGCUGGAUAAUCCCAAGGAGAGUGGUGGCUCCCAGAAAGGCGGACGGCAUGGCCCAGGCCAGGACAAGCCUCACAAAACAUACCGACUGCUGAAGCGCAGGAAUCUGAUCAUAGAAGCUGUCACCAACCUCCGCCUGAUUGAGAGCCUGUUCACGAUUCAGAAGAUGAUCAUGGACCAGGAGAAGCAAGAGGGUGUCUCCACCAAGUGCUGUAAGAAGUCCAUUAUCCGCUUGGUGCGGAACCUAUCUGAGGAGGGUCUCUUGAGAUUGUAUCGGACAACGGUCAUUCAAGAUGGCAUCAAGAAGAAGGUGGAUCUGGUCGUGCACCCAUCCAUGGACCAGAAUGACCCUCUUGUAAGAAGUGCUAUUGAGCAGGUUCGCUUCCGGAUCUCCAACUCAAGCACAGCAAACAGGGUUAAAGUUACACAGACUCCAGCACCCCAAGAGGAGGCAGAAGAGGAAAGCCAAGAGCCAGAGGUCCCAAGUGGAUCAGGAGACUCUGACCCGAACACAUCCUUAAAGUCAGAAAGCGGACGAGUGAAAAAGACGGACGAGAAAAUGGGCAUAACCCCACUCAAAAAUUAUAAACCUGUCAUAGUUCCUGGACUCGGGCGCUCCAUAGGGUUCCUUCCCAAGAUGCCUCGCCUUCGGGUGAUGCAUCUGUUCCUGUGGUACCUGAUCUAUGGUCAUCCUGCUGGCCACACUGGGGAGCAGCCUACUUACCACAGUGAGAGGAAAACAGGGAAGCAGGAGUCCAGCAGGUCAGGGGCCCAGACCUCCUCUGGAAAUGACUGGGACACCUCUGAAGCCAGAGAUAACACGGAAAGCAGCUCCUGGGAGGCAGAAAUGGAACUCUCCACAGAGAUAGUGUACGUGGAUGAAAUCUCGUGGAUGCGCUACGUCCCUCCCAUCCCGAUCCACAGGGACUUCGGCUUUGGCUGGGCUCUUGUCAGUGACAUUCUUCUCUGCCUGCCCCUCUCCAUCUUUGUCCAAAUUGUUCAAGUGAGCUACAAGGUGGACAACCUGGAGGAUUUUCUAAAUGACCCUCUGAAGAAGCACACACUGAUCCGCUUCCUCCCCAGGCACAUCCGGCAGCAGCUCCUGUAUAAGAGGCGAUAUGUUUUCUCGGUGGUGGAGAACCUACAGCGACUGUGCUACAUGGGGUUGCUACAGUUUGGACCCACAGAGAAGUUCCAGGAUAAAGACCAGGUCUUCGUUUUCCUGAAGAAGAAUGCAGUCAUUGUGGACACCACCAUCUGUGAUCCACAUUACAACCUGGCCCACAGCAGCCGGCCUUUUGAGAGGCGUCUCUACGUCUUGGACUCCAUGCAGGAUGUGGAAAGCUAUUGGUUUGAUCUGCAGUGUAUCUGCCUCAACACCCCACUAGGUGUGGUGCGUUGCCCCUGUGCACAGAAGAUCUGCCCUGAUCCGGGCAGUGACCCAGAAGGCAGCUUACGGAAGGAGCAGGAAAGCGCCAUGGAUAAGCACAACCUGGAGCGCAAGUGUGCCAUGCUGGAGUACACCACGGGGAGCCGAGAAGUUGUGGAUGAAGGCUUAGUCCCUGGAGAUGGGCUGGGAGCUGCUGGGCUGGACUCUAGCUUCUAUGCACACCUGAAGCGCAAUUGGGUCUGGACCAGCUAUAUCAUCAACAAAGCCAGAAAGAACAACACCCCUGAGAAUGGGCUCACAGGAAGACUCCAGACGUUCCUAUCUAAGCGCCCAAUGCCGCUUGGGUCCGGAGGCAGUGGCCGUUUGCCGCUCUGGUCAGAGGGGAAAGCUGAUGCCGAGCUCUGUGCUGACAAGGAGGAGCAGUUUGAAGUGGACCGAGAACCUACCCCUGGCAGGAACCGAAAAGUGCGUGGUGGGAAGAACCAGAAGCGGAAGCGGCUAAAGAAGGAGCCUAUCAGAAAGAUCAAGCGGAAAAGAAGAGGAGGAGAGCACCCGGAAGCCAAAAGCAAAAAGCUGCGCUACCAAGAUGAAGCUGACCAGAAUGCCCUCCGGAUGAUGACUCGGCUGCGUGUCUCCUGGUCCAUGCAGGAGGAUGGGUUACUAAUGCUCUGCCGAAUUGCCAGCAAUGUCCUCAAUACCAAGGUGAAAGGACCAUUUGUCACCUGGCAGGUUGUGCGGGACAUUUUGCAUGCUACCUUUGAAGAAUCUUUGGAUAAGACAUCUCACUCGGUUGGACGAAGAGCCCGCUACAUAGUCAAAAAUCCCCAGGCCUUUAUGAACUACAAGGUCUGCUUGGCGGAGGUGUACCAGGACAAGGCACUCGUUGGAGAUUUCAUGAGUCGAAAGGGUAACUACGAAGACCCAAAGGUUUGUGCCAAAGAGUUUAAAGAAUUUGUGGAGAAACUGAAAGAAAAGUUCAGCUCUGGCCUGAGGAACCCUAAUCUUGAGAUCCCUGACACACUGCAGGAACUCUUUGCCAAAUACAGAGUGUUGGCAAUUGGAGAUGAAAAGGACCGUGUCAGGAAGGAGGAUGAACUUAACAGUGUGGAGGACAUCCACUUCCUGGUGCUACAGAACCUGAUCCAGAGCACACUGUCCCUCUCUAACAGCCAGUCCAACUCCUGCCAGUCCUUCCAGAUCUUCCGUCUCUACCGGGAGUUCCGGGAACCUGUACUGGUGCGGGCCUUCAUGGAGUGCCAAAAGAGGAGCCUGGUCAACCGGCGCCGUGUCAGCCAUUCCCAGGGUCCCAAGAAGAACCGUGCUGUGCCCUUUGUGCCCAUGUCCUACCAGCUUUCCCAGUCGUACUACAAGCUUUUCACGUGGCGAUUUCCCACCACCGUCUGCACCGAGUCCUUCCAGUUCUACGACAGACUCCGGGCCGCCAACAUGCUGGACCAGCCCGAUCAUUUUUCCUUCAAGGACCUGGAUAGCAAUGACCCUCCAAGUGACCUGGUGGCCUUUUCUUUGGAUAGCCCUGGAGGUUACUGUGUGACAGCCCUGGCCCUCUUCUCCCUGGGCCUCCUCUCUGUUGAUGUCAGAAUCCCGGAGCAGAUAGUGGUGGUGGACAGCUCCAUGGUGGAGAGUGAGGUCAUGAAGAGCUUGGGGAAAGAUGGAGGCUUGGAUGAUGACGAGGAGGAGGAAGACCUGGAUGAAGGUUCAGGGGCUAAGCGCCAGGGUGUGGAAGUAAAAGCCCAUCAGGCCUCACACACCAAGUACCUGCUGAUGAGGGGUUACUACACAAUGCCUGGAGUGGUUAGUACGCGCAACCUGAACCCCAAUGACAGCAUUGUGGUCAAUUCCUGUCAGGUGAAGUUCCGGCUGCGUAGCACCCCUGCAUCCACCCAUCUUGGACCCACAGGGUUCACAGGCACACCGCUGGAAGAGCUCCAGGCAGGGCCUUCCUGCCUCCCUGCCUCCUUCACCAGCCUGGUGGAUCCACAGCUGCACACCUCCUCCCCAGAAGAGUUUGCCCACCAGAUGGCCCAAUCUGGCUACAGCCCUGAGGAUGUAGCUGCUUCCCUGGAGAUCCUGCAAGCUGUCGCAGCUGCCGACUGCUUCGGGGUUGACAGGGAGAAGCUAAGCAGACAGUUCUCUGCCUUGGAGAAGAUAGUGGGCGAGCGGACCAGGACGUUCUCCGACUAUGUCCAGGACCUCUUGGAACAGCAACAAGUGAUGGAAGUUGGAGGCAACACUGUGCGCUUGGUGGCCAUGGCCUCUGCCCAUCCCUGGCUCCUGCAUUCAAUGCGUCUGAGAGACACAGAAGGAGACAUCAAGGCCUCAGGGAAUGAUUCCCAAGCAAAACUCCCUGAGGGAUCUACUGGUGAAGAUCAAACCUCUGAGGGGACAGCAGUGCCUUCAGACAGCUCCCACGGCACCAGAAAGCGUGCCCACAGCUCUGUUGAGAGCCAUGAGACUGAUGCCAAGGAGACCAUAGGGCUCCCUGCCAAGAGGUCCACACUCCAGGAUGACCGAGUGGCUGCCAGCCCUAGGCCUGGGGGAGAAGAGCAGUUAGAGGCCCAAGCCUCGGCUCUGUUUGCAGCUCCUGAAGAUGCAGGUGCAGGGAUCCCCAGUCAGGAGAACCAAGAGAGUGUUGGUGUCUCGGGCCUAGAGCUGGGCUGUGAGUUCCCGCUUCCAGAAGGCUCUGAAGACCCCCGAGGACUUACAGAGAGCAACAUGGCCCAGGCAGCAUGGGAAAGCGGCUGUGAAAAAGUGUGUUUCAUUGGCCGCCCAUGGCGUGGCGUGGACGGGCGCCUGAAUAUGCCGGUGUGCAAAGGAAUGAUGGAGGCCGUGCUGUACCACAUCAUGUCCAGGCCUGGUGUUCCCGAGAGCUGCCUGCUGCAGUACUACCAGGGGGUCCUGCAGCCUGUUGCCGUGCUCGAGCUGCUCCGGGGCCUAGAGUCCCUUGGCUGUAUCCAGAAGCGCCUGCUGAGGAAGCCAGCAGCUGUCUCACUCUUCUCCAAGCCUGUGGUGGAGGGCCUGGGCCAGGCCGGUGAGGCUGAAGCCCUCUCCUGCCAUGAGAGCACUGUCACCUUCUAUGAGCCUACGCUGGACUGCACCAUCCGCCUGGGCCGUGUCUUCCCCCAUGAUGUCAACUGGAAUAAGUGGAUCCACUUAUAGAUGCUGUCCCCAGGCCAAUGGAGGAGCCUCUGCCCAUGCUUUAUAGCUCACCCUAGACACACGAGCCCUGUCCCUCACACGUUACCACAGCUCAGCCAGGCCUAGCCUAUGUGUAGCAGCUGCCGGGUAACUUCAGUCCCCUCCACUCUGCUGCUCUUGCUCCCAGAUGCCCAGCCUUCUGCAGGCCCGUGUCCUGCUCUGAGCUCAGGCUCCAGCAUCAGCAGUAUCUGCAAGGGUAGAUGUUGUUGGGAAGCAGAGCUGAUGGCCAAGCCCUCAGUCUUCUGACACCCACACACCACUCAGAGGAGGGCUUUGUGGAGACCUGCCACAGGGAUGCCUAGCAGAGUCCGCUCCCCUCUAGGUAGGACCUCCCAACUGGGGCUGGACCAAGCCCAGGUCUCUGACUUUUUGUGGAGACCCCUCCUGCCAGAAGCAAGACCUCUAGGUUUUGCUUUUGUUUUGUUCUUUUAUUUUGUUCUUUUCUCAUUAGAUACAAGCCCCUGGCAUGUAUUUAUUUAUUUUUUAAUUAAAGUGAGAUCAAAUGCAUUAGUUUUGUGUUUGCCUAAUGAGCGUUGUUCCCCAAGGGAUUCCCCUACUUUCCAGCUGUGACCCAGCCUAGUGUGGGUGCCCAAGUUGGUGGUUCCCAGAGAGGGAGGUAAGCAUUGGCCCUGGGAAAGGCCAGCAUAGCCUCCUUCAGCAGGGCCCAGACCUGCCCCUCCACAGGGCAUCUCCUAGCCCUGCCUGGGAGGAUCUGGUCCCUUCAAGUUCUCUAAAAAGACAUUUAACUUGUUUUUGGCAACAGUUAAAAAUCUUUAGUUUCCACUGGGCAUUGGUGGUGCACGCCUUUAAUCCCAGCACUCGGGAGGCAGAAGCAGGCGGAUCUCUGAGUUCAAAGCCAGUCUGGUCUACAAGAGCUAGUUCCAGGACAGGCUCCAAAAGCUACAAAGAAAAAAACAAACAAACAAAAAGUUUCACCUUAUAGGGUAAAGAAAACUUAGAUUUUGUUUGUUUGUUUUUGUUUUUGUUUUUUUGAGACAGGGUUUCUCUGGGUUUAAAGGCGUGUGCCACCACCGCCCAACUGAAAACUUAGAUUUUUACCUUUUUUUUUUUUUUUAAUGCAAACAAGUCUUAGCAGCAAGACUUGCCUUCAUUAUGACAGUCAGGAGAGCCAUGGAAACCACUUGCCACAGCUGGCCUGAUCCUCUGUUUCCUGCCCCUCCCUGUCUAUCUUUCCUGCCUACUUAAGGGGCAUGGCUCUUGGUGGCCUCACCUGGCUUGCAGCCUAUCUCAUCCUCCCACGUCACUGCCCUGAUCGCUGUAAGCCACGCCCCCGUGGAAAGAGGUGAGGAUGGGACCACAACAGGGAGCCCCACAUAGACCCUUGGUAAUGUUCUAGGAAAGUGGGGCAGUGAAGGUGCCGUGUUCAGGAGCAGAGCCUGCCUGUCACGCUGCGUAUGAGGCCGGGAGCCAGCAGUCGAGUUCUGCCUUACAUCCAGGUCUCAGCUGAGAUAGGCCUGGGGACCUAGAGGCCAUCAAGCAUGGACUCAGAGAGCUCAGCAGUACCCUCUUGGUCUACAUGGACCAUUUGGGAAGCAUGUUUGGGAGGGGACAUGGGGUUUCAGAUACACUCAAGCAGACACAGGGCUUAUUUGAGCCUUCGUUCCCCAAACCCCUCCCUUCUAUGUAGCCCUCAGUUCUGGGUCUGCUCAUUCUACUGCCUGCCCUUUCGUUCGUCAUCCACUUAUGCAUCCAUCUGCCUGUCUGUCCUCCCACGGACUAGCCAUCCAAACAGCGGGAUAGCGGCAGCCUGUCCAAGCUCUACACAAAGACCUCUAGAAACUUCAGCAGGCCGGUGAGUCCAAAGUCCCUGGGGAGGACAGGAGGAAGGAGACCUCCAGCUGGAAACCAGGGAGCUGCUGGGCUGCUGAGAACUUCCGGUUCAGAGGAGAGGAAACGGUGAACAAGCAGCAGCAAAGGCUUCGAAAAGGCAAUGCAGGGCUGCUGUGCCUCCCGACCCCAAGAGCUCCGCUGGCUGGCUCCUCACCUCGCCAGACCUUGUCACUUCUCACCAAGGACUGUGGGAGGUGGCACUGGGCUACCUGGCCUGCCACAGGUCCUCGGCUAUGUGAUCCGUUCCCUGUGUACCUACAAUCUGGCCCUCUUUAUCCUUUCUUUUGUUUCUUUAGGAAAACAGCAUCCAAAUGGUUCUCUUAGACGUAGAACUUGCACACAUGGCUCAGGCCUUCCUGCGCCUACCUCUCCAGGACAUUCGGAGGCCUUUUGCAUUUACACUCACGAGGGCACACCCUGGGAAACAGACCUUCGUGUCAUUUGCUGCGAAUGAUGCCCGUGAUGCAGCUCACUUUCCUUCCAUAACAUCCCUGGGACACCUGGGGCUACCAAGACAGCAAAACAGCCUCCUGCGCUGGAGCCUGAGUUUAUACAGAGCUUCCCACCCCCACCCCCACCCCCAGAGCGCAUCUCAUGCAGGGUCUUCAUCUUCCAGCCUGUUUAGGGGCUCAGUCCCUCCCCUCUCCAAGCCCUGCCCAGGUCAUAGUCACUCUACUGUGGUCAGAGUCCUCUUUUCAGCUGACCCAACCGAGGACUAGAGCCGCCUGCACGUGAGUAAUGGUGAGAUGCCUCUUCUGAGCUCCCUGGCUAGCCAUCCUUCCCCUGGCCUCUUGACCGCACUGAUUUUCCAGCUGUGUGAACGUGUGUGUCCGUGUGUGUCUCUCACCACCCCUCAGUGUGCAAGGCAAUCCCGUUCACUGGAGGGCUGGGGUUCAGGCCUUGCUGAAUUAAACUGCCCCUCGGUCUCCUGGCUUUAGCAUCAACAACUCUCACCAGUGUUUCUUGUUCCCGCCUCUGGCUGGCAGGAGACCUGGAAGGCUGUCUGACUCCUGUUCAGCAGCAGAGGGCAGCAGCAACCUGUGAAACCUCCCGGAACCAGGUGACUUCCUGCAAAAAUGCUACUGAGAGCACAUAUCUGCACGCACAUCAGACACCGUUCUGGACACGACAGAGAGCUCGUGUCACGGCCAUCCUGAGAAGCACACAUGACUCAUGCCUGUUUCAAGGAUGAGGAAACUGAGGGCCCACAAGGUUAAAACAGCUUCCACAAAGUUGGAAGCUAGUGGUAGGGCAGGUGUGAUGGUUUUCCCGCCAGGCUGCCUGCCUCAAAGACCCUCCACAGCACCAAGGGUGGAGGGAUGGAGAAGCAGCCCUGUGCUCACCGAAGAGCAUAAGGCAAAGGUUCCUACACAGGGCUAUCAAGUCAGGAAAGAAAGCUCAAAAUUAGCGGGGGCAGGACCUCAGGUUGUCACGUGGUUGGGUGUAGUUCUGGCCUCUACAAACUUCUGGGAACUCUGCCUCCUUUCCAUGUCUUCUGCAGGUCCUGUGAGGACAGUUCCUCCAUUCAGUCAUUUCCCAUAGCUGAGCAUCCCUUCAGAGCCCUGCCCCAUCUGGGGCCUGACGCACAGCAGCUUCAAUCCUUGCCCCUGCUGAUAGGAACAGACAGGUAGCAAAGUCCAAGGUGGGUUUUGUUAACACAUUUGUUUGGGAGCAAAGCCAGGCCAUGUGUGCUGCAGCUGGGAAUAAGGGCCCCCGCCACAAUUAGUCACCACACUGAGGUGCUGUGUAAACCGGACCCUGGCCCUGACACCUUUGUGUAAGCGCAUGGAUAGCUCUAGACAGAGCAUGUCCCCUCUCCAGUUUGUCAUUGGAGUCCAUGCUUGUUCUACCGGCAGGAAAAGUUACAGCCACAGGAGAAAUGGCUUGUCAGGACUCCCUGAGAGUUCUCCACCUGUUUCCUGUGGUAUGGCUGGGGCUGGAUGGGCCAUGUGGGCUGUGCCACUUGGUAAGUGGUAGCCAUGUCCAGGCAACUGCAGCCUGAGACACAAGGCUCUUUCUAUCCGCUGAGGAUGGCAAGCAAAACACAGCUUCCCGAGGGCUCAGUGGACUUGGGGAGUCCUUCACUGUGGCUUCUGUUCCCAGGGUGAGAGGUGGCUUUUCUCCUUGAUACCUUCCUGCAUGAGACCCUGGAGGCCCCAGACCACACCACAAUGAAAAUGCCCUGGAGAUAUUGGGGUAAGGUUGCUGGAGUUCUUGCAGAGGGGACACAGCUUUCAAGAGACCUGUGGGAGGGCAGAGGAGGCGUGCCACCUGCUGUCAGUGCCCAGCUCCCUGUGAGGCCACAAACAAACGACUCUAAGCAACUCUGCCCUGACCCCUGGUGUUUUUUUCAUGCCCCUUCCUCGGGGCUUGAAUGCCACACAAGCGCUGUGCUGUGAACCAUGCCCCCAGCCCCCUCCCCUCCUCUCACUGAGGUCCUUAGGAAGGGAGUUGUCUUUUCAUUGUGGUUGUUAUAGAGCACUUCCUGCCACAAGCAACAGGAAACCACUGUUUGGUUGGAAGCGUCACCCCAGCCCCUGGCAUCCAUAUAUCUAAAGAGUCUGGAAUGUUUGGGUGGAAGUUCCAUCCCAAGCCCCCACCCCUGGGAGUUUUCACAGUCCAGACUCCACCUCCAAAAAAGCCCACCAAGCGAUGACCCCUUCCCAGAGAUGCUCAAGACCACUCCCACAGGGUAUUUAAACAGCACCUCGGAGAAUAAACACAUGGUUUUCUGGGUCUUCCUUCCCUGGCUCCUCUCUGGGGGGCUGGAGAGCCACCCGGGAGCAUUGAUAUCCGUUAAA